AUGAGUUCUGACGAACCAAAAUUCGUCGAGAAGCAAACACAAAAUGUUUCAACUCCGCUAUGGAAGAUCAUUGUGGUAGCCGCAAUUGCAGCAGGGGUGCAAUUUGGAUGGGCGCUACAACUCUCACUUUUGACCCCAUACGUCCAACUUUUAGGUGUAAGCCACACAAUGUCAUCUUUAAUAUGGCUAUGUGGUCCGAUUUCGGGUAUUGUGGUACAACCUACGGUGGGAUACACGAGCGAUCGUUGCAAAUCCAAAUAUGGACGUAGAAAACCAUUCAUAACGAUGGGUACAAUCUUGAUUUGUCUUGCUGUAUUAUUGAUUGGAUUUGCUGCUGAUAUUGGUCAUAAACUUGGCGAUGAUAUUAAAAACAUGUCUAAACCUAGGGCUGUUGCUCUCUUUGUUAUUGGGUUUUGGAUUCUUGAUAUUGCCAAUAACAUGGUUCAGGAUCCAAGUAGAGCAUUCUUGGCAGAUCUAUCAAGACAAGACCAUAAAAAGAUGAGAAUGUCCAAUGGUUUCUUCUCAUUUUUUAUGGCAGUUGGUAACAUUUUAGGGUAUGCAGCAGGAUCAACUCCAAACCUAUACAAAGUCUUACCAUUUACAAAAACAGCAGUUUGUGACACAUAUUGUGCAAACCUUAAAUCUUGUUUUCUAAUUGACAUUGUUAUUCUUGUUACUAUGGUUGUUGUAGCCCUUUCUACUGUUAAAGAACCCGAAAUCGAAACCAUUUUAGAUCAUCAAACUCCAUUUUUUAAACAAGUUAAGGACUCUUUUAGCAACCUUGGAAAGCCUAUGUGGGCACUCUUCGCUGUUACUGCUUUCAAUUGGAUUGCUUGGUUCCCAUUCUUGAUGUUUAACACUGAUUGGGUUGGUCUUGAGAUUUACGGCGGUAAUCCCCAGGGUAAUCAAGGACAACAAAGAUUAUAUGAUAUGGGAGUAAGAACAGGAGCACUAGGGCUAAUGUUAACAGCAUCAACACUAGGAUGCAUGUCUCUUUUCAUUGACCCAUUGUCAAGAUUGCUAGGUGGUUCUAGGAGAUUAUGGGGUCUUGUUAAUUUUAUCUUGGCUGGUGCAUUAGCAUGCACAGUACCUUUAACCAAAGCUGCUGAGAAAUCAAGGAGUCAUAUGAUGAAUCCUCUUACUCCUCCUAAUAAUAGUAUCAAGAGUGGCACUUUAGUCCUUUUCGCCGCUACCGGUAUUCCACAAGCGGCCACUUUCAGUAUUCCAUUUGCUUUGGCAUCAAUGUUUUCAUCUGACUCCGGAGUUGGCCAUGGCCUUUCAUUAGGAUUGAUGAAUCUGGCAAUUUGUAUACCACAGAUGUUUGUAUCAAUAAUUUGUGGGCCAUGGGAUAAACUAUUUGGAGGUGGAAACUUACCAGCCUUUGUACUAGGUGCAUUCUCCGCAGUGAUCAGUGGUGUUUUAGCCCUUGUUGUGAUACCUCCAGCAAGCGGCAAUGCAUAAUACAUUAGAGGAUUUCUUUUCUUUUUUUUUUUUUUGAUUUUUUAUGAAUCUAUUUGUAUUCCUAAUGAGGCUGAGAAUAUCAUUAAUAUCGUAUCCAAUAUAUCUCGUUUAUAAAAACUAUGUUCAAGAUCUGGUUUCCUAAUAAGGCCAAGGAUAAUAUUAUUUAUUUAUCCUUAUUUAGAUUAUUUAUAUUCUCUCCUUUAGUGGGAAUAAAUAAUUAUUCCAUAGGCUACUACCAAUUUUUGUUUAGUACACUUAGAAAAACUUGUUAGGUGUACUAUUUGUUGUUUGUGGUCUUCAUGAA